UGUAUCAUCUCUAACUGUGUAGAACGAAUUUGUGGAAAAUUGUGAUUAUCACAAUAUUUUCAUUAAUUUAAGCCGGUGCCGAAAAAUGUCUGAAAACGAGGCCGUGGAGGCGGCACCAGGGGACGCCGAGCAGACCAGCGAUGAAGCCGGCAAGGAUGAAGCGCCGACGAAGCCGCUGCAAAUGUCGUUUGCGGAUUGGAAGAAGUGCAAGGAGGCGCUGAAGCCGGAAUCGAAAGCCGAUCCUUCCCAGCGCAACGUUAACAACUUUGGUACAAACAACAAUUAUAACAACAAUAACAACAACAAUGCACGUAAACAGUGGGGCCCCAACAACAAUGGCAACUACCAGGGAGGCGGAGGACCAAACAACUACCAGGACAGGAACAACUAUCCGCCCCUGAGCAGGCCCCCACCACUUCCGAUGCAGCUGAUGAACAUGGGCUUCGGUGGCAACUUCGGACAUGGCCCGGGAGGCAACUUCGGUCCGGGUGGACCUUGUGGUCCACCGAUGGGUCCUGGACCGUGUGGACCCAUGGGAAAUAUGGGACCCAAUGGUCCCAUGGGCAAUAUGGGCCCUAACGGACCCAUGGGCCCCAACGGACCCAUGGGCUUCGGAGGACCAAGUGGUGGCCCCGGUCCACGACGUAAUCAAAACCAGCGACCGCUGCAGCCGCCUCCGUUUUGGGAGGACAUGAUGUCGCCACAGCACCGCCCGCCGCCCAUCCAACCACCCAUGCCCAAGUGCCCCAGCCUGUGGAACCUGGUGCCCAAGGAGCGGAACAAUCAGAAUCAAAACAAGAAGAAGUUUGGCUCAAAUAAUCAAGGCAAAAAUUCCAAAGAUUCUAAACUAAUGCCUCCGCCACCGCCGCCAAGCGAUGGCAACAAUUCCCAGUCGAACGGAGAGCCUCAGCCUUCCAAGAAGCCCAAGCGCGCCGGCACAUUUGUGCAGAUCAACGGCCAGUGGAUACAGAAGCCGGAGGCACCUCCGCCACUGGAUGAGUCCUCGCCGGGUACGAAGGAGGAGCGCCAGCGCCAGUGGAAGGAGUACCGCCAGGCUAUGAAGCCGUUCAAGAAUCGCGAGUUUCAUAACAUGAAGCGAACGGUGCAGCGUUUGGGAAAGCUGCCGCGUGACCAGCUGGACGAGCAGCAGCUGGAGCGCCUGAUGAAGGCCGAGGAGUACAUAGGGGCCCACAAAGCGAUGCUGACGGUGAAGCAUGCCGAGCGCUGGGUGCAGCAGGAUAACAAGAACGAAAAGGGCCAGGUGUUUGUGCGAAAGUCUCCCAACAUUGGCUCAUGGGACAUGCCCAAGGACAAACAACAAUCUGUGUAUGAUUUCAAGAAGGCUCAGAUGGACAAGUUCUUUGGCCCCGGGCGUGCCAUAAAGGGAGGCACCGAUCUCUCCGCCCUCGGAACUUUGGCGCCACCUCCGCCGCCGCCCGACAAUCCUCCGCAAGCGAACAACUACUGGCCGCCUACCCCUGUCGCGGCAACGGGCUCCAAUUCCAAUCCCUCGUACUACAGCCACUACAGCAACAGCUUCGUAAAGGGCGGAACUAUGCUGCCGCCCUAGGACUGCUCCCCGAUAUUAACCCAAAGCGUGGGUUUUAACGAUUCUUCAACUGCAAAGCACCUGCAACGAAUUGACACAUCUGCAAUCCGAGGUCAGCAGUCUCCUCUUCGUUCGGGUUCGACGUACACCGGCAUUUGUAUUCAGAUAAAUGUAACAAAAUCAACUUGA